UGACAUAAAUAUCAUUAUAAUUCAAUCAAUCCCACUCUUCCAACUGUACUUUUUUCUCGCCUACGGAACUCUGUCACGGCGCGACCUCGCCAGACCGCCAGCGAUGGCCGCACAAUAGUGAUGUUUGUAAUCAACUGGCCAGCUGUCAGAAAUGUUGUGGAAGCUGACGACGCGAGUGACGAGGACCGCGGUACACCAAUGCUGUGGAUGGCGGGCGAGAGCUGCACUAGCAGCUCUCGGCGUCCGUCAUUUGCAGGUGCUUCUGAUCUUCUUCGGCUUGUUGCUGGCUUACGCCAUGAGAGUCAACAUGAGUAUGGCUAUUGUAGCCAUGACGGAUCCUCAUAGCAAACAUGCCUUCAACUGGAGCACUCAAACCCAAAGUAUCAUCCUGUCCUCGUUCUUCUGGGGCUACAUCGUGCUGCAGGUGCCAGCUGGGGUGAUGGCCAACAGAAUAGGCGGGAAGUCGCUGCUGGCAGCUGCUGUAGGAAUCAACUCGCUUCUGGUGCUGAUAAUACCGUACUGUGCUUUACACGGCAGCUGGAAACUACUCUGCGCCUGCAGAGUCCUUCAGGGCCUCACCCAGGGGGUCGUCUUCCCAUCAGUCCACAACAUGUUAGGGAAGUGGGUGCCUGUUGCGGAGAAGAGUAGACUGGGAACUUUUGCUUAUGCGGGUUCAUCACUAGGAACAGCUCUCCAGCUGAUGUUUUCCGGCUUCAUAGCGGAGUACUGGGGCUGGCCUAUGAUCUUCCACAGUGUCGGCGUCCUCGGAGUGGUGUGGACAGGGUUCUACGUCUGCUUGGGGUCAUCAUCGCCGCAAGACUCGAAGGUCAUCAGUGAGGAGGAGAGAGAGUACAUCGUGAGGUCUCUGGGAGUGUCGGAUAAGAAAUACGACACUCCCUGGACGUCGUUGCUACGAUCGGUUCCUUUUGUGGCGUUGAUUGUGGUCCAUUGUGGGUAUAACUGGGGAUUCUGGACCCUUAUGACUGAAAUGCCAUCCUAUAUGAAGAAAGUUUUGGGCGUCGAUAUAAAAUCCAACGGGAUGUUAUCGGCAUUGCCGUAUCUAGCGAUGUAUCUCCUCAGUUUUCCCUUCGGGGUGAUGGUAGACUACUCGAUCAGGAAUAACUGGUUGAGCCUUAGUGCAGCAAGAAAGGUAUCUAAUUCUAUUGGGUACUACGGUGCAGCGACAGCUCUCAUAGUCCUUUGCUAUGUGCCUCCCAGCAUCACAGCCGCAGCCACGCUAUUCACCAUAGCUGUGGCUCUCAACGUUGGCCAUCUCACGGGGUUCCUGUUGGUCCACAUCGACAUGGCCCCCAACUUUGCAGGCGCCAUGAUGGGAAUCACGAACUUCCUGGCUAACAUCAUCUCUAUCGUAGCACCGCUGGUCGCUGGAGCCAUUCUGAAGGACGAUACUGAUCAAAAUGAGUGGCGAGUGGUGUUCUGCCUAUCAGCUGUAGUGUACUUCGUCACCAACACCAUCUUCAUCAUUUACGGCACCAGCGAGCGGCAGCGGUGGAACGAUCCCGAUGAAGAAUUGUUGGGAUAUAGAGCUGUGAAAAAUGAGAAAAUUAAAAGUUGACAUUACGACGUGGACAUGGUUGCUCUGAAGUAGAUUUUUUUUUAUAAAGUUUAAGAACAAACAUAAUAAUUUAUGAUUAGUAACUU